AUGUGCUACAACGAGUUUCGUGACAUACAGGCGGCUAUUCACCUUUUCCAAUAUUUCUCUUACCAACCAUGUGAUAUAGGUGUCUCACCAAUACUCUGUUAUUCUUUGCGUUAUCCUAUAGCGAGCUGUAUGGUGGCAUGCGCUGCACUUCAAGUGUCGAUGGUUAUCGAGAGAGGUAUCGCAUUGUGGAAACGUCGGAAUUACGAACAUUACGGGUCGAGAGUGGGGAUCACUCUAGUCAUUGUUUCCAUAAUUAUCGGUCUUUCGACGAUACUAGUAGUGACUAGUGGUAUCACUCAAAAACAUCCAACAAGUUACUGCAUUAUAAAUGGAAUCGCAUCACCGGAAAGUAUAAUAAUUAUGAAGCUCACCAUUUGUGUAGCUGAUCUUUCGGCACUUGAUUGGAAUAGCAACGUUAUAUCUGUUGAACAAAAUCCUUUUGAAAAGUCCUAUGACCUUCAAUCAUCGUAUCAGCUUUUUGAAAAUACCAGUGUUAUAAGGAUUAUUCUACCGUUGUCCAUUUGUCAGACACUGUUUUAUGUAUCCUUCACGAUCAGUGGAACGAUAGUGUCCUUCUUAUACACGGAUCUGGACAGAAUCACUUACAUAACACUAACUUCUGCAACAUAUACAAUUCCAUACUAUACGGUGAUGUCUCCAAUACUUAUAUGGUUCACUAUACGAUGGUCACGUCAACUGAAAGAGACAAAGCUGAAAAGGCUCACCAGGCCAAUCGCUGGCGAAAAUGAUGUCUAUUUCAAGUCUUACGAGGAAAUGUUCGGAAUAAAGCCACCUGUGAGACGAUCAUAA